CUGCCGUCCGGUCCCAUCGCGCCUUACAUGACGCGGUGAGCGUCAUCAAUGCGCGACAGAGGCUGCCCACGUGAGAACGAGAAGUUGAUGAAGAUUUACAACUAAAGAAAUCGAUCUGCAGUCUCAUGGAAAGAACACGGGAGGAGGAGGAGGAGGAGGAGGAGACUACAUCUCAGAGAGGAGAAGGAGAAGAAGAAGAGAGACCGUCUACGGCUAGGAGAGGAGGGGGAGAAGAAGCUGCUACAACAAGAGUAGGAGGAGGAGAUAAUGAGGAGGAAGAAGAAGCUGCUACAAUGAAAGGAGACGAAGAAGAAGAAGAAGGAGGUGAUGACGACAACGUGGAGCUGAAGAAGACCAUCAAACGGAGAGCUGUUGGGUUGACUUCCCUUCCAGACAGAAAGUGUGUUCCAGGUGUCAUUUACCUGGGUCACAUUCCUCCGAGGUUCCGCCCCAAACACCUGAGGAACCUGCUGUCAGUGUACGGAGAGAUUGGACGCAUCUUCCUCCAGCCUGAAGACAGCCAGGUGAGGAGGAGGAAGAGGAAGUCCGGCUUGAGGAGGUGUGACUUCACUGAAGGAUGGGUUGAGUUCAGAGAUAAACGAGUGGCAAAGAAAGUUGCUGCUUCUCUCCACAACUCUCCGAUGGGAACCAGGAAGCGCCAACGGUUCUACUCCGACCUCUGGGCCAUCAAGUACCUGCACCGGUUCCAGUGGACUCACCUGAGCGAGCGGCUGGCCUACGAGCACACGGUCCUCCAGCAGAGACUCCGGACCGAAGUGUCUCAGGCCAAGAGAGAAACCAACUUCUACCUGAGCAACGUGGACAAGAGCGCUCACCUGGACCUCGUGAGGAGGAAGAGACAGAGAGACGGAGAGCAGGUGGAGGAGAAGACGUGGGACUUCACCCAGCGUCAGACGGAGGAAGAGAUCCAGACGAAGAAGAAGAAGAAGAAAGACUCGUUUACCCAGAAGCACAUGGACAAGGCCCGCCUUAUUGAGCAAAAGAGCCAAUCGAAUGUCUCCCUGCUGGCCAAGAUUUUCAACUCCAAACAAUCAGUUUGACAGAGACAACAGAUUGGCUGCUUCCCCCACCAGCAGGGGGCGGAGCCUCUCCAACGCUAAUCCACACUUUAGUCCUGUGUGUGUGUGUGUGUGUGUGUGUGUGUGCGUGUGUGCGCGGUGUGUGUGUGUGUGUGUGUGUGUGUGUGUGUGUGUGUGUGUGUGUGUGUGUGUGUGCGUGUGUGCGCGGUGUGUGUGUGUGUGUGUGUGUGUGUGUGUGUGUGUGUGAGAUGUAUUUUAUUGCAUGAAGCGCUGCUGUUUGCCUCAAACAAUAAAGUGACAUCCGUCUUAUGACUCACGUCAACCAGCAGAGGUCGCUGUCAGGUGGAUGUAGACUGAUGACCAGCGGACAGGUGACAACACACGUGCAUGUCUUCAUAAGAGAGACAGGACCAACCUGCAGGUGUCGAGCCUCCACUGACUCGGGACGCGCUCGUCGGCGGGUGGAGCGUCUGUCUCAGCGGGUGGAGCGUCUGUCUCAGCGGGUGGAGCGUCUGAGUCUCAGCGGGUGGAGCGUCUGUCUCAGCGGGUGGAGCGCAGCAGCCGGCCGGCGGGAAGCAGAACUCUCUGGAAUCAGACAAACUGGAUUAGAAUCUGACUGUUGAAUUGAUUUCUGAAGGUAAAUGGUGUGUUCAACGUUUUAAAUAUAAACAGUUUGAUUUACUCAUCUGGUCGUGUUUCAAUUAUUAGAUUGAAAAUGAAUCGUCUGUUUUUAGACUCCUGACUGCUCUUCAUUAUUUGAUGUGAACGUUCACAUGUGGUUUAAUUUGGGUUUUUCUGAACUUGUGGCUGCACCUAAUUUCUUUCCUGGUUAAAAUGAAGAUGUGAAACUCACUUCAGAAACCACACACAUAUUUCCUGUAAUGAGAAACAUUUAAUUUCACUGUGAUGAAGGAAGUUUUACUGAAACGCUUUGUUAAAUAAAUACAAGUCAAACAGGUAAACAA